GUAAAGUGCGACUCGGUUCCGCUCCGGUCUUGGUGAGUCGGUGUGCAUAGUUCAGGAUGUUCCUGUACGUGCUCUUGUGUUUCUUCCACUUACAAGUGGUUCUAUCCAUGUCUCACUCACUGAUCUAUUACUACACUCUGAAUCAUGGAAAUGCUGAUCUACCUGAGUAUAGUGUCGUCGGUGACCUGGAUGGUUGUGAGAUCCAGUAUUAUGACGCAACCAUGGAAAUGACAGUCCCAAGACAAAAAUGGAUGGCGGCUGCAUUUGACAAGUCUUAUUGGGCAAAAGAUACAAUGACUGAACAUAGUAUCCAUGGAAUCAUAAAGGGGCAAGCUAUAGAAUGGCUGCAGCAGCAUAACGAAAGUACAGGUUAUCACUACCUACAAGGGCAGUUUGGUUGUCAGCUGAAUGAUCAUAGUCCCAACGUAGGGAUACUGAAGUUGGCUUACGAUGGAAAAUACAUACUUAGCUUUGAUAAAGACAAACUGGAGUGGAUUGCACAUGAUCCAGUAUUUCAGCCCUUCAAAAAGAAAUGGGAUAAAAAUGAAAGAAUGAACAAAUAUUUCAAGAACUUGUUAGAAAAGGACUGUGUGGGACUAUGCAAGGACUAUUAUGCAGUUGGAAAAACAUACCUGACCCGAAAAGUUGUUCCUGAGGUCUUUCUUAAUGCACAGAAGCGCGAUUACUGGUUUCUCCAAUGCAGCGUAUUUGGGUUUUAUCCAACGGCCAUCAAAGUGAGCUGGUUCCAGAAUGAGAAACAUGUCUCUGAGACAAAAUCUACUGGAGUAUUACCAAAUGAAGAUGGAACAUAUCAACUGCGGUCUGUCCUUGAUAUUGAUCCAUUUGAUGGCAAAAAGUAUUACUGCCAUGUCAAUCAUAGUAGCAUGCCGGAUGGGAAGACAGUCAUCUGGGACGGCAGUGGGAAGAAGGACAGGCACAUUGGGUUGAUCGGUGUAUGUAUUCUUUUAUUGCUGAGUACUAUCCUUGCAGGAAUUUAUUGCUGGACAAAGAAGAGAAGCGAUUAUGAAAACAUUCGAGCACAUCGGAAUGUGAACUGCUGAUCAGUUGCUGAACAAGCUACAUCUCACAUGUAAGUUGGAAUGUAGGAACUGAAGAAUAUGGAACAAUUUAAAUUAAACUUCCAGAACAUUGCAGACUUUUUCAUCAAUUGUGUUCUGCUCUUGUGUAAAAUAGUACUGUAGUGCCCUAGUUCACACCUUUACUGUUAUGUUGUAGGUAUUUCAUUUAGCAGCUCUGUAAGAGCAGUGUGUUUUGCUUUCAGCCUCUCUGAGUUACUGGGUGAAUUAAAGGGAUGAUGUGGAAUGUGGGCCAUCCAAUUAAUGGAAGGUUUUUCUUGGAGAGGGGUUUUUCUUGUCUUGGGCUUUUGUUUGAGGGGAAAUGAAGAGAGAAGAUGCUGGAGAGGACCGGUCGUAGCAUACGAUCCAUUGGGAGACCCGUUUGUUUGAGAUGGGUUGUGAGCAACAUUUGGAAGGUGAUGUGUGCUUCACAUUGACCAUCAGCCCAGCGCGCGAGUGACACGGAAGUUUAAGAUGAGCUCCAACUUGUACACACUUGACUGUUUAAUAAGAAUAGGCCCUUGUCUUUUACUUAUUCUUUACUAACUCUUUAGUUAAGAUUCAUAAAUGUUUACUUUAAUUGUAUGCAGCGUGCUGUCUGUUAUUUCAUGGCAUUAAUAUGUAACAGGGUAGGGAGUCACACAGCAUCCACACAAACGGGGGGUUUGGGGGGGUGGGGGAGGCAGGCUUGCAACUCAAUCUCACAUGUUUACUGGGGCCGGAGCCUGACUUCCCUGGACUUAUACAGUCGAGGAAAUCAGUGUUUCAUUGUGGGGGCUCAUCUGGGACCGAUUAUGUUGGAUGCAGUGUCAUUGCCCUGAGCAUUGAUCAAGUGGGCUGUGUGUUUAAGUCUGUGUUAAACUAUUGGUCGUUAAAAUGAUUGCAAUGCAUGGUUAUGGAUGCUGCAGUGGUAGAGCGAAGAUUAGAUAACAGGGCUUGCAAAGGCUUUGUUUUAGUUUGGAAUAGCACUGACAUAACAGCAGUAGAACUACUCUGGUACUAUUGUGGCCCCGGGAGUGGGUGUGCUAUGGGUUGUCCAUACUUUCUGGAGGAGGGGAGUGAAGGAGAGCAUAUUGAAUCGGAAUCAGAGUUUCCCACAACUGAGGGCGGAGGCUUUAAAAACAAAUUGUUCUUGUUACUGCAAAGCAAGUGGAAGGAGGGUCUAAUGUGUCUUCUGGAGAGGGCUGAGCAUUCUGAGUUGGAAGCGGGCCUCACCUCCCUGGGCAAUAAAUGGCAAAAUGGCCAGGUUCAAAGUUGCAGUUAUUGUAGGCUCAGCCUGUUCUCAGGAAUGAAGCCCACUCCUAAAGGGGAAAAGGAUGUAUGAUCAAAAAGUUUGGUUCUCCCACCUCAUGCCUGGAGACCGAAUCAAAUCUGAGGCAAACUGGGAAGCAUAAGUUGGCUGCCUGCUGGGUGGCUAUGCCUUAUGUAUUGGAGAAUCAGAUGCCAAAUGUGUCAGUUUUCUGGGUGAAACCAAAGGAUGGGAAUUGGCCUGUUAAAAUUCGCCAUCGGAGCCACCUUCUAAACCAAAGCUUGACCUGGACCCUACACGUAGUAAGAGUACUCUGCAGCUACAUGGAGACACUGUAGGAUCAGCAGCAGGAAGAAUCCAGCCCCUGAAUGGGAUGUGGAUUGGGAGGAUGAGAAAAUUAGGGUGUGGUAUAUGCUUCCUUUUGCUAACUCUUGACUAAUCAAGAAAGAGUUUCCAAACCUUUCUCCUGCUGAGGCAGGUGAAAUCAGGGAUCUCUCUGUGGGCAGGCAGGUUUGCAGCUGGAACCUGGAGGGGGACUGGGCUCUAACGUAAACGGGAAUGAAGCUGAUCUCAGCCAAGUGGCAGACGAACCUGAGUUGCCAGAUGGCACGAGUAAUAGACGGGAUGCAUUGCCAUGUAGACCAUAAGUAUCCCAAGGAAUGUCUGAAACUGAAGUUGUAGACGAUGGGUUAUGGAGGUCACAAGGAUUCAGGAAACUCCCACAUAGGCUGGCCUAUGUAGUACCGGUGGAACAGAGAAUUGUGACUACCCUCCUAGCGAGAUAUGUCACUACAAUUUACAAAUGGAUUGGAGGUUCUGACAUCACAAAAUUCCUUUGAAAAUGCCGUUAUCAAAGAAUGGAUGACAAAUUAUUUCAAAAUCAUUCAGACCUGACUGUUUGUGGUGGGGGAAGAGUGUAGUGCCCUGCUUCUCAACUUUACUGUUAUGCUGCAUCUAUUUCAUUUAGCAGCUCUGUAAGAGCUGUUUCUUCUGCUUUCAAACUCUUUGAGUUACUGUUGAAGAUAAGGGAUGAGGUGGAAUGUGUGCCAUCUGAAUAGUGGGAUAUUCUUUCUUGGUGAGGGACAGUAAGGUUGGUCUUGGGCUUUAGUUCGAGAAGAGAUGAAGAGAGAAGACGCAGGGGAGAAUCAGUCAGGGCAUACAAUCCGUUGGGAGACCCAUUUGUUCAAGAUUGAUUGUGAGCAAUGUUUGGAAGGUGGUGUGUGCUUUCACAUAUUACCGAAGGCACAGCGCAUGAGUGACAGAAGAUCAAGAUGAGCUCCAACUUGUGCACAUUUGACUGUUUAAUUAGAAUGAGAUCUUCUCUUUUCAUUAUUCUUUACUAACCCAACAGUUAAGAUCCAUAAAUAUAAUUCCUUUAAUCAGUGCACUGUUUGUUAUUUUGUGGCAUUAAUUGGUAGCAAAUUGCACACCAUCUGCACUCACAGGGGGUGUGUGGGAGUGGUGGGGAGCUUGUGCAUUAAUCUCACAUGUUGGUGGGGCCGGAGGUUGUCCUGCCAGGACUUACACAGUCGACAAAACAAGAGUGUUUCAGUACCAAGGCUAAAACAUUCUGAUUAUUGGUGCUGUUCUUGUGAUUCCCCUUUCUGUAGAAUAUACCUUGAGAUUACAA